GUGGAUCGUUUGCAAAAUGAAGGCUACUACGGUGGUGUAAGGUUGCUUAUGGCCAUUUGUAAAAUUUUCCGAAACUAUUGCAAAGAUAAUGCCAUCCAACUUCAUCAAGGAAACUUCUCUCUUUCUUAUGAUACCAAUAUCCCUAGGCAGACAGGGCUUUCCGGUUCUAGUGCCAUCGUAUCCGCUGCCCUCAACUGUCUUCUCGACUUCUACAAUGUCAGGCAUUUGAUCAAAGUACAAGUUCGCCCUAACCUUGUUCUCAAUGCUGAGAAAGAACUUGGUAUCGUUGCUGGUCUUCAAGACAGGGUUGCUCAAGUGUAUGGUGGUCUUGUUCACAUGGAUUUUAGUAAGGAGCACAUGGAUAAACUGGGACAUGGGAUUUAUUCUCCUAUGGAUAUCAGUCUCCUCCCUCCUUUGCAUCUCAUCUAUGCUGAGAAUCCUAGCGACUCAGGGAAGGUACAUAGUAAGGUCAGGCAAAGAUGGUUAGAUGGCGAUGAGUUUAUAAUCUCAUCAAUGAAAGAAGUUGGGAAUGUAGCAGAAGAAGGUCGAACUGCAUUACUCAACAAGGACCAUUCCAAACUCGUGGAACUCAUGAACCGUAACUUUGACAUUCGGAGACGGAUGUUUGGGGACGAAUGCUUAGGAGCAAUGAACAUAGAGAUGGUGGAAAUAGCGAGGAGGGUUGGUGCAGCUUCGAAGUUCACAGGAAGUGGAGGAGCAGUGGUGGUAUUCUGCCCUGAAGGUCCAUCUCAGGUGAAGCUUUUGGAAGAGGAAUGCAGGAAAUCGGGAUUUAAGAUUCAGCCGGUAAAAAUAGCACCUUCGUGUUUGAAUGAAUCAGACAUUCAGAGCUAAUGAGAAUGCCCUUGAUCGAGUCUUUUACACGCACGCACACAUUGGUAGCUUUAGUGUCUCUCAGUUGUUACGGGAGGUGGUUGUCAUGAAUUCACGGGUUCGAUCGAACCUUGUGCUCACAACUUUCUUUCUUUUUGGUUCUUUAGGCUUGCACGUUUUAGUGGUUUGUUCCUUGUACGUCUCUCUUCGUUUUUUUUUGUUUUCCUUUCUUUCGGAGUUAGCUGUUCCUGUUUUACCCAUAUAAAUGCACACAUAUUUGUGCUCUGUUUUUUUUUUCUUUAAUAGUGUAAAAUAAAGAAAUAUUAUAUUGGCAGAAAGAAAAGAGAGAACGUGCUAGACAUGUUCUAUUUUUCUAGUU